UUCAGAUAUUAUCAAUCUCUCAGAGAUGUAGUUGAUAGAAUCUAUACGAAGAUGGAUUUGUUGCUGUUUGAUGAUGAGGAUGAAUUGCCUAAUCAUUUACUCAACAGUGAGGGCAGUAACCAAUCCUGGAAAGAAAAACCGGCAAAAGAUGUAAAAUACAGAAAUAAUGAACCUGUCUCAAUAGAAGACGAGUCCCCGCAACUGCAGAAAAAUGAUAAUAGAAGUCCCCAAGUGAUUAGGACUAAGGAGCAUGCUCAGAAAUUAAUUGAGGCUCGAGAGAAGAGAGAGAGAGCUCGGCGGUUUUCAUCUUUCACAAGUUGGGUGCCGGAUUUGCAAAGAGUUUGGGUUCCAAAGCAGCUGAAGGCAACGAAACCCAAGUCUGAACCUCUUCGAAAACUGUCAAAAAGGAAGAACUGUAGCAGAGCAAACUAUGACAUGGUAUGUGAGACGCCAAUAACAGAAAAGAAGCGGUCAUCCCCUCGUCGGAAUAGCAUUGAUGAUGAAGAGGGCCAUAGAGACUGUGGAGCUGACUCUCACGGUUCUGUCUCAAAGGCCUUGUUUCAAGAUGAUAUACACUAAGAAUCAAGGCUUUUCUCCAGUAGUUGACAUGAUGCCUUUAACACAAUACAUGAAAGGUUGCAGGGGCCCUGUUGCCAUCAAUACGCCAAUUUAACAUUGCAAAAUUUAACCAGACGGGUUUAUCUUAGUCACAACCUCUAAUUGUUUGUGAAAUAGUUAAAAUUUGUUUUAUCCCUGAGAAACCGUACAUAAGGUUAGUUUUUUCUUGUAAACUUACAACUUAAACGUCAUAUAAGAUGUCUAUUAUUAAUUGUUU